GGGAGGUUAGGUCGGGUUACGCACCCCCGGAUGCGAAUGCUCGGUGGUACAGCACACCGUGACAGACGGCAGCGGAUACACGCAGCGGUGACACGCGGCGCGAAGUCGCGCGAUUACAACGGUGCCGCCGAGCACCGGUCUCGCUACCUUUUUCGUGCGCUCGCUGGCGAGCGUUCGACGUCACCGCCGCUGCGAGUAGUCGAUCUCGUUUCAGUAACGGGGGCGAGUCUCGCUACGCCCGCUCAUCCCAGCUCGUCGAGUCUCAUCCCUUUAACGUCUCGCCACUCUCGCCGCCGCCGUCACCGUCGUCGUCGUCGUCGUCGUUGCCAUCGCCUCGAUUAGAUCACAUACGCGCGGCUUAGCUGUAUCAUCGCAUCGUCGGCUCUCACCACGGCCGUUCGUGCAUUGCACUCGUUGCACCUGUCGAUACAUAACACCAAAGGGAGCGAGGACAAGCCAGCACCGUGUGUUCCCGGCCUAGUGACCUGACCUUGGAUCGGUCCGACCAGAGUUUCAACGUACUCUCAACCCUCGCCAUGUAUGGAUUUUGAACUUCCAUUUUCAAUACGAGAAUCUGUGAAGCUAGGCGCGACGCAGAACGGAACUCCAAUAAUGUGAACGUACAAACGAACGCAAAUGCCCAACAAGGCACGGCCUCGUCAAGAGUGGUCUCCUCAAUCCCUCUUAGAUGUCUUGUGGAUGCCCCGCUCCGCUAUGAGGCCGGCCGAGGGUGACGCAUCGGAUUGCAUUUUGGUGGUCGGCGUAUCUAGAUCGAAAAUGGCCGUCGCUUUUCUAUCAGUCGCCCUGCUGUCUCUCUUUCUCACCUUCCACAUACUCUAUGACAGCGCCGUUUAUAGUCUCCACGCGGUUUCCGCCGUCGAAGGACGCACGGUCGAGCUGGUCUCUCAGGUACACGCGACGCCGCCUCUUCUCUUCUCCAACUCCAAAGUUCACUUCCCGCGCACGAAUCGCCAUCUUCCCCAGGCCAUUAUAAUUGGCGUACGCAAGUGCGGCACAAGGGCACUGCUGGAGAUGCUCUUCCUGCACCCGCAGAUACAGAAGGCUGCCGGCGAAGUUCAUUUCUUCGAUCGUGACGACAAUUACGGAAAGGGUCUGGAAUGGUACCGUCGGAAAAUGCCCUACUCCUUUAAAGGGCAGAUCACUAUCGAGAAGAGUCCUAGCUACUUCGUGACGCCCGAAGUGCCUGAGAGAAUUCGCGCGAUGAACGGCAGCGUCAAGUUGCUCCUGAUCGUACGAGAACCAGUUACCCGGGCGAUAUCGGAUUACACGCAAUUGCGCACGCACGCUGCAACCGCGUCCACAUUGACCAACGGUACGCCGCAACAACAGCAACAACAGCAGCAGCAAGUGGCGCGUACAUUCGAAGAGCUCGUUAUGCGACCCGAUGGUACCAUCAACGAGUCCUACAGACCGGUCGCCAUAUCCCUCUAUCACACCUAUAUGCAUCGUUGGCUGGAAGUGUUCCCCAGAGAGCAGAUUCUCAUAGUAAAUGGCGAUCAAUUGAUCGAGGAUCCGGUGCCUCAGCUGCGCCGAAUCGAGAAUUUCCUCGGGCUGGAACCGCGUAUCGGUCGGCACAACUUCUACUUUAACCACACCAAGGGCUUCUACUGCCUGAGAAACGACACUUCGGAGAAAUGUCUGAAGGAGAGCAAGGGAAGGCGUCAUCCGCGUGUCAGUCCGAUGGUCGUGACGAAACUGAGGAAGUUCUUCAACGAGCACAAUCAACGCUUCUACGAACUCGUCGGAGAGGAUCUCGGCUGGCCGGAGGAAUAACCAUCGUGGAAAAUCCGGACUCGUUCGUUACGCGACGCGAGUCGCGCGUGCAUCCAGCGGCGGGCAUGAUCGUUCAAAAUCAAAUAUUCUGUCGUCCUCACUGAAGUAAUAUCUCUAUCUCGUUUAUCGAUGGAAUUAACCAUGAAUCGAAGAACUGACAUCGUCAACGUAGACUUUUUGGGAUUACAUCGUAUCGAUCAGCGAUAUUCUUCGGGGACACUCACAAGGAUAAGUAAUUUAUUAUUGAUUAUCGAUUCCUUUAUUCUCGAUAAAGAGGUAAUAAUGCGCUGAUGAAAAUGUACAGGCGCCGUUUAUUAGCGGAUGCAUACGAGGCCAGCGUCUUGUUAUUAUAUUAUCAAACGUGUAAGCGUAUACAAAACAUGACACACAAAUUACCUAUACUAUACACAC